CUAGGCCUGCUGGGAGAGGACAAGGAGGAGGCCCUGUCCCUCCAAACGUGGCCUCCUAUGGACACCAAGACUCACAGCCUUCCUAUCACCCACACCCAGCUCCACAGCAACUCUCGGCCCCAAAGCCGCAGCCCGUGCACCUGCACCCACCACUGCCAGACCUUCAGCCAGAGUUGCAGACAGAGCCAGGGUGGCAGCCGGAGCCGGAGCUCUAGCCAGAGCCCGACCAGCCACCAGAACCCAAGCGGAGCCCACAGUUCAUCCGGCUGCCAGAGCCAGAGUCCCAACGCCAGCCCACCACCAAAGCGCCACAAAAAGACCAUGAACUCCCACCACUCUCCCACGCGGCCCACCAUCCUGCACAGCAGCUGCCCCAAGAACAGAAAGAACUUGGAAAGCAAGCUGAACAAGAAAAAAAUGGCCAAGAGGAUCCAGCAGGUGUACAAAACCAAGAAGCGGAGCUCAGGACGGAAAUCCAACUAACAAGAUUGCACUUCUUGGCUUGUUCCUGCGUGUUUCACCCAAAUGAGAAACGCUAUCAUGCAUAGAAUGCUAGGAUGAAGUCAAUCUUCUUGCAGGAACAUGUUACUAUGGUGAUUUCUACUCAACACUAAUUAAAGCUUGUACCCUGGAAGACUA